AUGUGUAUAAAAUACCAUGUUAUAAGCAUGAGGGUUAAUAUGUCCAAUUCAUAUGUUCUGAUUAAGAGAAAACUUAAUUCAUAUGUGAUUAAUGUCAAUAAGAUAUAUUUGAUUAGAAUCCUAAAUUUAAUUUGUAGAAUCUAAUAAAUAUAAAUAAAGUUAAUUAAUUAUUAUUAUAUUAGGCAUUGAAAUCAGCUGAAUUUUAUUUUCCAAAUUAGAAGUAUCUGGAGAAAUAAGAACAUUUUUUGGAGAAUAUUAAAAACAUAAUGAAAUUAGUUUAAAUAAUUAAAUUAAAUAAUUUGAAUCCUUGAUAUAAGAUAUUUAAAAUGGAUUUGCAAAAACGAUAGAAGAAUUAUAUUAGAAUAUUAAAUUGUUUUUAGAUACAAAAUCUUUAAUUCCAUAGGAUUUAGAAUAAGUAUAUAUAUAUUAUUAAAAAUUCAUAGAUUAUUAAAUUUAAUGAAUUUUAUUCAAUUAUUACUAAAUUAGAAUAAUUAGGUGAUUCAAUCAAUCCUAAAGCUAUUGAAUAAGAUAAAAAUUACAAAAAAAUUGUCAAAUUACUAAAUAGAAAUUAAAAAAUUAAGAAACUUAUAUGUUUUCUGAAUUUAAAUAAUUAGAAUCUUUACUUUAAUCAUUAAUAUUUAAACAUUAUGAAUUUAUAAAAUAAAUAUAACCAAUAUAUCUAAAACCUUACAUUUUAAAUGAUCAAUUUUAUAACAGAAUUAUUAAUGAAAUAGAAAUUAAAUCAAAGAAAAAUAUAUCAAAUUCUAAAUUAAUAUUUUAAGGUUCUAGGGAUGGAUUAAAUGCUGAAUCAUUUUGGAAAAUAUGAUAUAAAAAAAACUAAUUUAUUAAUGAUAUUUAUGUCAUCUAAUAAAACUAUAUUUGGAGGAUUCUCCAUGUAAAUGGGAAUGUGA